AUGACUUCAAAAUCUCAAGUGACUAGUGCAUUCCUUAUUCUCAAUUUGUUCAUAUGGACACUAGUUUCUAGCCAACCUACGUUGACUCCCCCACCACCUCCCCCUUCCCUUUUGGGCUGUGUCUUUAACAUUUUAUCACUUGCUGUGUGCACUCCGAUACUCUUUCUCUUAAAAGUUUUUGGGGUUGCACCAAAUGAUGGCCCGUGUUGUGAUUUAAUCAAGUCAGCUUCGAGUACUGGUGCUGUCUCAUGCCUUUGCCUCGGGAUUCGAAUAAACCUAUUUGGUUUUAAUAUCACUGUUCCUGGAGACAUCAAGCUCUUGCUCAAUCUAUGUAAUAUGACAGUGCCUAUUGGGAUUGGAUGUCCGUAG